GCGCCCGCCUCGCCGCCCUCCGUCGCCGCUCGCUGCCGCCGUUGCCUCUCCUCCCCGUCCCCUUCCGGAGCGGCGCGGUGGCUGUGCGCAUGGCUUCGUCGGACGCGGGGGCGGCGCCUCAGCUCGGCUCCACCGUGGAGGUGCCCGGCGCGGCGGGGCCCGUGCGGGUCGUGGCGGCGGCGGGCCUCCCCGAGGCGGACUUCAGGAAGGCGCUAGAGUCGGCGCUGUUCAGGCGGUGGCUGGAGAGCCUGCAGGCGGAGAGGGGCCUGCUCGCCCGCGGGAAGCUCAGCCUCCGCCAGAUCCUCAUCCAGGGGGUGGACAUGUUCGGGCAGCGCGUGGGAUUCCUCAAGUUCAAAGCCGACAUCGUCGACGAGGAGACCAAGGCCAAGCAAAUCUUCGGCAGGCUAUAUAUACAGAGCAGGCACGAGGUGCACGGCCGCAGCAGUCCGCCACAAUCAAGCUUAACCAACGGGCAACGGGCUACGGGGAGCGCAUCCUUGUAAGCAUCCAAAAUGGAGGCGACCCUGUCCGCAAAGCCUCACUUCGUGGUCAUCCCAUGGCCAACCACCAGCCACAUCAUCCCCAUCGUCGACAUCGGCUGCCUCCUCGCCCUGCACGGCGCCGCGGUCACCAUCCUCACGACGCCCGCCAGCGCGCAGCUCGUCCAGAGCCGCGUGGACCGUGUCGGCGCCCAGGGCGACUCUGCCGGGAUCGAGGUCACCGUGAUCCCGUAUCCGUCCGUCGAGGCCGGGCUGCCGGAGGGGUGCGAGAGGCUGGACCACGUGCCCGCGCCCGACAUGGUGCCCUGCUUCUUCGACGCCACCACGCGAUUCGGCGACGCGGUGGCAACGCACUGCCGACUCAUGGCGUCGCCGCGGCGUCCGAGCUGCAUCAUCGCCGGAAUGUGCAACACGUGGGCGAGCGGCAUCGCGCGUGAGCUCGGCGUGCCCUGUUAUAUCUUCCAAGGCUUCUCCGCGUUCGCGUUGCUGUGCUGCGAGUACCUCCACACGCACAAGCCGCACGAGGCGGUCGCGUCGCUGGACGAGCUCUUCGACGUCCCGGUCCUGCCGCCCUUCGAGUGCAAGUUCGCGAGGAGGCAGCUUCCGCUGCAGUUCCUGCCGUCCUGCUCAAUCGGGGAGGAGAGUCUGCAAGAGCUCCGCGAGUUCGAGUUGGCCGUCGACGGCAUCGUGGUGAACAGCUUCGAAGAACUCGAGCACGACUCCGCUGCGCGCCUCGCCGCAGCCACCGGCAAGACCGUGCUCGCCGUCGGGCCAGUCUCCCUGUGCCACGCGCCUGCUCUGGACGUCUCAGACGAUGCAACGCGGUGCAUGGCGUGGCUGGACGCCAAGAAGGCCAAGUCCGUGCUGUACGUCAGCUUCGGCAGCGCCGGGCGCAUGCCCCCGGCGCAGCUCAUGGAUCUCGGCAUGGCGCUCGUGUCGUGCCCCUGGCCUGUCCUGUGGGUCAUCAAGGGCGCCGACUCGUUGCCCGACGAUGCCAAGAAGUGGUUACAGGAGAACACGGACGCUGACGGCGUCGCGGACAGCCAGUGCCUUGCGGUGCGCGGCUGGGCGCCGCAGGUACCCAUCCUGUCGCACCCGGCCGUGGCGGGCUUCAUGACGCACUGCGGAUGGGGCUCCACGCUGGAGAGCGUCGCCGCAGGCGUGCCCAUGGCUGCCUGGCCGUUCACCGCGGAGCAGUUCCUGAACGAGAAGCUGAUCGUGAACGUGCUCGGGAUCGGCGUCUCCGUCGGCGUGACCAAGCCCACGGAGGGCGUGCUGACCGGUGGCAGCGGCGGGGCGAAGGCGGAGGUCGGGAUGGAACAGGUGAAGACUGCCUUGGAGAAGCUCAUGGACGGAGGAGCCGAAGGGGAAGAUAGGAUUAGGAAGGUUCAGGAGCUGAAGGCGAAAGCAAAGGCGGCUUUGGAGAACGGCGGGUCGUCGUGCAUGAAUCUGGACAAGCUGGUCCAAUCCGUCGUCUGAAAAUUAGCGCGGCAUGUCGGCCCUGAAUAAAUUCUGCUGCUUUCGCUCAUUGAUGAGCAGAUUGGGGUUGUUUCUUGCUUGCUUGGAAGAUCGGGAGUGAGUGAAAAACAUAUCCUAUGUUGUAAGUUGCAACUGUAUCUCAUGCCAACUCA